GUCAGGACCAAAGGGAAAGAAAAUACAACUUCGGGUCCAAAAUCACUUUCCAAAAAACAAAAUGGACUAAUCCGAAAACCGAAGAAUUCUAACCACGUAGAGAAGAGAGUGUACUCUUCUUCUUCUUUGCAAGUUUAUCUGCAAAACCCUAACUUUAUCACCGUAGUUGGUUCUCCAGAGCUUAAAAUGUCUCUUUCAAUCCAAACCCAUCUCCAAAACCUCUCCUUUUCCAUGUCUUUAACAUGUCCGAACACUAUGUUCCUCAAACCCAAGUUCUCUAACCUCUCUCUCCAAACCCCAAAAUCGUCCAUUAUCCGAAUGGGGGGAGGCCCAAGAACGUUUCCCGGCGGCGUAUCAAAGUGGCAGUGGAAGCGCAUGCAGGCGAAGAAAGCCAAGCAGCUCCUCAAGGCCAGGCUCUGCCGCGAACGCCAGAUCUACGAGAUGCGCAAGCGAGCCGAGCUCAAAGCCGCCGUAUCGGAGCUGGAACGGCCAUGGGAGAUCGUCGAGAGGGCUGCUCCGAACUUGUUUUCCGUCAGUGCCGACGAGCAGGUCAAGGUCUUGGCCGAUCGGUUUCAGAAGCCAGGUGGGUUUGAUAUGUGGAGUGAGAAGGACGGGCCCCAAUUGUUCAAAACCCCUGAUGAGUUGCCUUCCGCGAGGUUUUUCCCAAAAGGGGUUGUUCAUAGUUUGAAACCUUAUCGAAGAAUCGAUGAAUUGGAUGAUGGGGUUAAGAGCUUGGAUGAUUUGGAAGAUGGGCCCAGUAAGAGAUUUUCAGUGAAGAAAUUGAGUGAAAACUGUGAGAAUAGUUCCAAUUCGAACAAGGGUUCUUUAGAACGAGCUGAGGUUUAUGGGAGAGUUGAAAAGCUAAACAAUGGUGGAUUGAGGAAGAAGAAAGGGAAUAGGAGAAGAAGGUUUGGGUCUGAUGAAUUGAAUGGCUCGGAACAGAGUCUUGACAGGAAGCAAAGACUGCAGAAUCCUAAUUCAAGAAGGAAUGAUUAUAGGUACAGUAAAAGCAAGUUGAGUGAGUCAAAGUCUGAGGUUUAUGAUAUGCGUUUGGAACAAGAUGGUAGCUAUGGAUUCCAAUCAAAAAAUGGUCGAUAGGAGUCAGACUCUGCAGUUUUGAUGAUUGUGUUAGCCAUGGUUUAUGCACACAGAUAAACUUGACUGUAAAGAGCUUUAUGUACAGAAAAUACUUGUUGAAGCAGGAAAUUUAUCAUAACAACAUGAUUGGGACAGAGAAGAGCAGCAGUCUCCUAAAUUUUCCUGGUAUACUUAAACCUUGAUUUUAAAGAAAGCCUUGGUUAUAUUAUGCUGUCAAAUUUUGGAUGAUUGAUUAAUGUAAUUAUUGUCAUAAACUAGAUUUCAUCCAUUCCAUGAUACACUAAUGUGACUUUAUAGUAUAUGUAUUGUAUGUAAGUUCAGUAGGUGGAUAUUGAUAACUUCCUUCACUAAGAAGAAAAAAAAAAGAACAUAGAAUUGGUGUUGCA